GGCAGGUGGGUGCCUUCCCCUGCUCUCUCCCCAUUUCAGGGACUUCCCUUGUGAGCCCCGGCUCCCCUCCCCGUGAGGAAGCACCCGUCGCAGCGUGUUGGAAGGCGUGAAGGGGGAACCAAGAUCUAGGCUUCUAGACCUCUGUGGGGCGAAGGCGAACGUCUCUGCCAGGAUUAUGUAACUGAGGACCCAGGCCUGGGCGGACAACCAUGGGAGCCAGCACUUCAAGCAAACCCCCAGUUUUUGAUGAAAAUGAGGAUGUCAACUUUGACCACUUUGAAAUUUUGCGAGCCAUUGGGAAAGGCAGUUUUGGGAAGGUCUGCAUCGUUCAGAAGAAUGAUACCAAGAAGAUGUAUGCAAUGAAAUACAUGAACAAACAGAAGUGUGUCGAGCGUAAUGAAGUGAGAAAUGUCUUCAAGGAGCUCCAGAUCAUGCAGGGUCUGGAACAUCCUUUCCUGGUUAAUUUGUGGUACUCCUUCCAAGAUGAGGAAGACAUGUUCAUGGUAGUGGACCUCCUGCUGGGCGGGGACCUACGUUACCACCUGCAGCAGAACGUCCGUUUCCAGGAAGGCACUGUGAAGCUCUUCGUCUGUGAGCUGGCCAUGGCCCUGGACUACCUGCAGAGCCAGCGCAUCAUUCACAGGGAUAUGAAGCCUGACAACAUUUUGCUUGAUGAACAUGGGCACGUGCACAUCACAGACUUCAACAUCGCCGCCGUGCUGCCCCGUGAGGCGAGCAUCACCACCGUGGCCGGCACCAAGCCUUACAUGGCACCGGAGAUGUUCAACUCCAGAAGAGAAGCAGGCUAUUCCUUUGCUGUUGACUGGUGGUCGCUGGGGGUGACAGCUUACGAGCUUCUGCGAGGCCGGAGACCAUAUCAUAUUCGCUCCAGUACUUCCAGCAAGGAAAUCGCACAUAUGUUUGAGACAGCUAUUGUGACUUACCCUUCUGCCUGGUCACAGGAAAUGGUGUCACUUCUUAAAAAGCUGCUUGAACCUAACCCAGACCAGCGGUUUUCUCGCCUCUCUGAUGUUCAGAGCUUCCCGUACAUGAAUGACGUGAACUGGGAUGCGGUUUUGCAGAAAAGGCUCAUUCCGGGUUUCAUUCCCAGUAAAGGCAGGCUGAACUGCGACCCCACCUUUGAACUUGAAGAAAUGAUUUUGGAGUCCAAGCCUCUUCACAAGAAAAAGAAGCGGCUGGCCAAGAAGGAGAAGGAGAUGAGGAAAUGUGAGCCCUCUCAGACGUGCCUUCUUCAAAAGCACCUUGAAUCUGUACAAAAGGAGUUCAUCAUUUUCAAUAGAGAAAAAGUAAAAAAGGACUUUAAUAAAAAACAAGCAAAUCUAGCCUUGGAACAAACCAAAGACUCACAAGAAGGGAAUGGUCAGAACAGCAGCCUGUGACAUUGUUAGCACCUUCUUAUUGGGACAUUUCCUGGCCUCUGGGGCCGGUGGGUUCUGACUU